CCCUUGCGGAGCGGAGCCGAGCUGUCAAAGCUAGCGGGGGUGGCGCCGGGAGCGGGAGGGCCACACAGCUCCGACUCCCCGGCUCCGGCUUCCAAACCCGGGCAGCAGCCAUGAACGGCGAGGAGCAGUACUAUGCAGCUACGCAGCUCUACAAGGACCCAUGCGCCUACCAGCGGGGCCCCGCGCCGGAGUUCAGCGCCAGUCCCCCCGCGUGUCUGUACAUGGGCCGCCAGCCCCCGCCGCCGCCGCCGCCCCCGUUCCCGGCGACCCUGGGCGCGCUGGAGCAGGGCAGCCCCCCGGACAUCUCCCCGUACGAGGUGCCCCCCCUCACCGACGACACCGCGGUGGCGCACGUCCACCACCACCUCCCAGCUCAGCUCGCGCUCCCCCACCCUCCGGCCGGGCCCUUCCCGGAUGGAGCCGAGCCAGGCGCCCUGGAGGAGCCCGGCCGCGUCCAGCUGCCUUUCCCGUGGAUGAAGUCUACCAAGGCUCACGCGUGGAAAGGCCACUGGGCAGGCGGCGCCUAUGUUGCAGAGCCAGAGGAAAACAAACGGACACGCACUGCCUACACUCGCGCGCAGCUGCUGGAGCUGGAGAAGGAGUUCCUGUUCAACAAAUACAUCUCGAGGCCGCGCAGGGUGGAGCUGGCCGUCAUGCUGAACUUGACCGAGAGACACAUCAAGAUCUGGUUCCAAAACCGCCGCAUGAAAUGGAAAAAGGAGGAGGACAAGAAGCGCAGCUGCGGGACAGCGGCCGGGGGUGGCGCGGAUGCGGAACCCGAGCAAGACUGCGCAGUGACCUCGGGCGAAGAGCUCCUGGCCCUGCCGCCACCGCUGCCCCCCGGUGGUGCUGUGCCGCCGGCCGUCCCCGUCGCCGCCCGAGAAGGCCGCCUGCCACCUGGCCUUAGCGCGUCGCCGCAGCCCUCCAGUGUGGCGCCCCUGCGGCCACAGGAACCCCGGUGAGAGACGGGGGCUCCUCCUUGCCAGGAGGCUUUGACCACUGGUAGAGAAGGGGGGAGGGUAGCAGGAGUAGGACCCUGGGUGUGGACAACCAGCCCUGGCCGUUCAAAGGGGGGAGGCCACCCCAGACAGAAGGGGAGAACUCGCGCGCUCGGGUGCCUGUGCCAAUCGGGGCACCUUGGGGAGAUGCCGGCAGACCUUCUGGAAGGAGAAGAGAGGCUUUCUGUAAUGUCUGGGGCCUCUUCGGGUGAUAUUGUCGGAUUGGCGACACCUGCCGCUGCUGUGCAGCUCCUAGCACUGCAGAACCGUGGACCUCUUUAGAGAAACCAGCUCAAGAAAAAACAACAGAAACCACAAGUUGGAAUGCGCCCCCAACCACUGCAGGCAAGCUGGAGUGCCUUAAUCUGCCCUAAAACAGCCCGUUUUACUUGGGCUUCUGCCUUAAUGCUUAGAAAUGAUGGAGAGGAAACCUCCAGGACUUCAAAGACCUAAUGAAAUUGAUGCCCAUGGAUUAGAGUAAUCCUCCCGCCUCUUCCUCCUCCCCAACUUCCUCUUACUUUUUAAAAAUCCUUUGAGUAUAGCCACAUACCUCACCAGCUCCUAUCCUUCAAUCCGCAUCUCUUUCCUCCAAAGAAGAGAACAGAACAUCUUGCAAGGAUGGCUGGGCAACAGCAGGGCUGGGGCAGAAGGGUGCCAGAGUCUGUGCACAUCCAGUGUGUCCAAUGCUUGGAGAGAAGACAGGUGGAGGUGGGCCUAGAGCAAGGGACUGGGGGAGAAAGAUGGCCCCUGAGCCUUCACUAAACUGAAGAUAUUUGGAGCUAAAUCUAUGUGGAUUUGCUUCCCAGUCUCAGGGCAAGGGAGGCUAAUCCGAAAGGCAAGCAGCGUGGCCCGGCCCACCUUGGAGACUAUUUGCAGAGACCCUUGAUUUCCACAUCUUUACAAGUGAUGAAAACGUAUGUGGUUGGGGAGUUUGAAAACUGAUUAUUUUUAUUUAAAGUUUUAAAGUUACCUAACAGGUCAGCUGCUUGCUUCAGGGUCUGGGCCCCGUGGUCAGGUGGUGUUUGUGGAAAAGGAUUAAUAAAUACAGAUCACAUGGAAAAGAGAUGCACACUCAUUUUCCUCGCUUUGUCUCAGGCCUUCGCCACGCACCGAUUCCAUUUCACUUCAAAAAUUAAAGCAGCGUGUUUUUAUUUUUAUUUUUUGGUACUAACCAGGGGGGAAGGAGCAAUUAAGAAGUACUAUGUCUGGGUUUGAGGUUGGGGCAGCAUAUGAGCUGGUGAAUGUUCAGUUUGGUUUCAUUUUUAACUUGUGUCACUACUGAAGACGAAUUUCUCAGGCAGUGUAGCCCAGACGCGUGGGGGGUUCUAAGUGCCACUGGCUGUGCAUGGCACAGAACCAAGAGCAGCCCAUCCUGGGCCACGCAGCAGCCAAGGAAACACUCUCAGCUGGCCAAGGCCUUGGCGGGGUCUCUUGCCUCCCCAAACAGAGGUCUGGGUCAAGGGCCUUCUCAGUGGUUCUUCUGAAGGAAGUGUUGCUUUGGAUGAGUCUCCACCCCUGGAGCCCCAAGGUUGACAGUGUCUUGUAUUAGGAGCAAACAGGCCCUGAUUUAGCAGGCUUCUAAUCUCUGGGCCCACCCUGCUCCUCCCGAAGCUGGGCACCUAAGGGCACCUGAGCGCUCCCACCUUUGGGGGGCACUGGCUCACUCCCAGGAACUGUUGCUCGUGUUUUCUUUUGCAGAGGGACAGCAGGGCUUAGUUUUUGUUUUGUUUUGUUUGUUUGUUUGUUGAAAGAAAGAAUUUGAGUCCUAACGCCCCUCCAAAUUAAAGGAGAUCCACAGAGGGGCGCCUGGGUGGCUCAGUCGGUUAAGCAUCCAGAUACUUGGUUUUGGCUCAGGUCAUGAUCUCCAGGUUCCUGAGAUUGA